AUUUAAAGAACACAAAUUACUUAGCAACUGGGUACUUCCGUUCAUGGCUGAAAUUUAGUGCCGAAAAGAUUAUAAUCCUAAUGGAGAGAUUUACUUAAGAAAUAUUUGACAUUUGCUCAGGGAAUACACGCGGGUAUAUAUGUGAGAUUCGGGAUCUUGCCCCCCAGAAAGCCAGUAGGAUGAGCGACAUUGAUAUGAUGUCGCGUAGUGACGGGCGGAUGGCGAGCGCCGCUAGCUCCUUCACCUACGUCCCAUUUGGAUUCACAUCCAAGACACAGUAUGAUGCCAAUGAGUCCCUCAUCCAGAUUCGAAGUGAGAAUUUCUCAAAGGUCGAGCCCGAGAAGGACAAUGACAUUUGGAAACGCCCACCUCCAGACUUUCGGCCCCAGGUUUUUGCACCAAAACCACCUAAAAGAAACUCUAGAGAAGCCAUGAGACCUGAAAAUUAUGGAACAUUUCCUGGGAAGCAUAAAACUGUGAAGAGACCCGAAAGGAAUGUUAUACCUCAUAUGCUUCGUCCGGCAAAACCCGAGGAGGGUAGGAUGAUUCUCCGGUACCAUAUAGAUCGACCAUUUACUGCAAAGAAAAAAUUCGUCACGGAGGGAAUGUACAAAGCUGGAAAAUACUCAAAUCCCAAGCCUCAUGAUUUUAGAGGAUAUCCUCCAAUCAAAAAGCUAGGACUUGAUGAGUUUAUGACAGACUAUGAGAAGGACCCAUUUAAUAUUCACUUCCACACGGGCAGAUUAAAUACAAUUCAUGGAGUUCCUAUGGAUAAAGCUGCUGACAGAGACAUUCGUGGAAGGCAGAUGGCGCCACCUAAAACCCCGGAUAAAAAGUAUGAUGCUGAUUGGAUAUUACCGAAGGGACCUUGGCCCACAAAACCAGGCGAACUAAAUAGACAUCGAUUACGACAUCGCCCUGCCCAUUCGGCGUUUAUGGAUCGUGUGGACCGGACAUUACAUCUUCAAUGGGCAAAGGAGAAAAUGGACAAAGAAAUUGAAAAUAUUGCCAGCUGAUGAAACUGCAUUUUAAUCAAUAAUUCGUAUAUGUGUUUGAAAGUGGAGUUAUUUUCCUUGCACGUGCAUCUUUUAUGUUGAAUGUUUACAAUCUAAUUUCGAAACAUUCGAGGAUUAACACCCAAAUGUAUCAGAGGCAUUCAGCCAACUGAACUAUUCGUAUACGGUUGAUAAUGUCAUACCUUUGGGAACAUGGAUUCUCCAAGGAAAAAAAAAACUCAAAGCGUACAUGGGAGCACAUAGUUCUUCUCUCUCUGGAAUUAACGCCAUGAUUACAAUUUUCAGUUCAACUCUUAGAAGACACAUCACUUUUCGAACAAUUGCUAUGAUACAGAUGAAGUGAAAAGGCUUUAAAUCGGAAUCUUUGGCGAACAUAUGGUCUGUGAUAUUUAUGUCUGUGAUAGCUACUUUUUACAUGAAAUGUGGGUGACGAUUUUUGCUAUCCUUCCGCUUUCAUUUUUGUCGAAAUCAUAAAGAGGAUACCUCGAUCUGAAAGAAUAAAAUUAAAAUAUCA